AUGGUUCAAUUCCUCAAAGCUCACCCAAAGGCAACAUCCGCAGAAAACUACUGGAUGCCAGAAGAGAUUCAUGACAGGGGCCGGACCUCUAUAGGAAACUUCGUCCAAUGUUCUGCCCUCCACAAUCAUGGUCUCCGCUUCCCUCAUCACGCGCCGCCAGCACGCCUCGAGAAGAUGUUCGAGCGAGGACAGCGCGGUCUUCUCAUUUACGACAACUGCGACACAUGGGAGCUGCGUGGCUUUUGCGUUACCAGAUUGCUGGUCGUAGCCCGCCUAGCCCAUCGCAACAGAGAAGAACUCAUCGCAUUUCUUGAGAAUGAAGACGAGAAAGCAGAAUUCCAGUACGUAUGGACUUCGAAGCUUUGCCAGAGCAUGGAUCUAACAUCGAGCAGUCUCUUCGAAGACCUGCUACCCGAGCUACGUAUACAGAUCUAUGCGCACUACACGAAGAGUCUAGAACGUGAGCACUACGGUUCACCCAGGAAUCGUAUAGCCGCUGAGCCACCAAUCACCAAGGUCUCGCGCCUGCUUCGCCGCGAAGCUUUGCCGGUCUUCUACAACGUCUUCGAGUUCGCCGUCGCCGUCCCGAAUCUCCUGGAUGAUACCAAAGAUGCAGCAGCUCUCUUCUUCGAGAGAGCACCAGUCAGUGUGAUGGAGAGAAUAGGAAAGUUGCGUGUGCAUGGAUUCGUUGUCCGUCCCGGCCAUGACUACAAAGUCUACCCAUUCAAGUUCAAGCUGGGUGACGGCCAGGAUGCAUUGCGCGUCAAACAAAUUGACGCCAAAUAUGUCGAGGAGUGGCCCAGCCACGUGCAGGAGAAGAUGCAAGUCAGGGUUCAAGACUUGGAUAUUCAAGGCAAGGAGGACAAUCUUCGACUCCAGCGAGGCGACUUAGACAAGCUGUUGGCCAUUUCCAGGAACAUCUAG